GCUCCUUUGAGUUGGCUUUCCUUUUGCCAUUCAUCCAAAAGCUUGCCAAACAAGAACCAUUUCUUAAACAUAAAUCUUAUUACACAGCCAAAAGUAGGUGAAAAGCAACCACUAUUACCUAAUCUUUACAUUUAUAGAGAGAGAAAGUGAAGAUGGUAACAGCGGUUUGUUGCUUUUUUGUGCGUUUUUCGUAAUCAUCAUCUCUUCAAUUUGGAACCCUACUCGAUUAGAUCUUGCCGAGCUCUCUUUGCUCCUUAACUGUCUUCUUCGAUCUGGGUCUCUGCUCAGUUGGGUGCUUAUCGAACCCACUUGACAUCUCAAAUGUUUGAUUGUGUUGCCGUCAAUGUUUCUUAAGAAUGUCUGCUUCAUUGGCGGCGUUCGAGCGUUCCCGAAUUGGAGCUACAAACACGGUUUUCAAAAGCGGGCCGCUGUUCAUAUCUUCAAAAGGAUUAGGUUGGAAGUCAUGGAAGAAGCGCUGGUUUAUUCUCACACGCACUUCUUUGGUGUUCUUUAAGAAUGAUCCCAGUGCAAUUCCUCAGAGAGGCGUUGAAGUAAAUCUGACGUUGGGGGGGAUUGACUUGAACAAUUCAGGAAGUGUUGUUGUUAGAGAGGAUAAAAAACUGUUAACUGUCCUGUUCCCUGAUGGACGUGAUGGACGCGCAUUUACUCUCAAGGCUGAGACAUCUGAGGAUUUGUAUGAAUGGAAGACAGCUCUGGAACAUGCUCUUGCUCAAGCACCAAGUGCAGCUCUUGUUAUGGGACAUAAUGGAAUCUUCCGCAAUGAUACCACUGAUUCAAUUGAAGGGCCCUUUCAUCAAUGGAGGGACAAACGACCAAUUAAAUCUUUAGUUGUUGGACGUCCAAUAUUAUUAGCGCUGGAAGACAUAGAUGGAGGCCCGUCUUUCCUUGAAAAAGCUCUUAGAUUUCUUGAGAAACAUGGAACCAAAAUAGAAGGAAUCUUGAGACAAUCUGCAGAUGUUGAGGAAGUUGAUCGGAGAGUUCAGGACUAUGAAACAGGGAAGACUGAAUUUGGUUCUGAUGAGGAUGCUCAUGUUGUUGGUGACUGUGUCAAGCAUGUCCUUCGAGAGUUACCCUCAUCUCCUGUUCCUGCAUCCUGCUGCACUGCUUUACUGGAAGCUCAUAGAAUUGACCGGAAGGAAGCUCGAGUAAGUGCCAUGCGUGCUGCUAUCUUGGAAACAUUUCCUGAACCAAACAGGCGUUUGUUGCAGCGAAUCCUGAAGAUGAUGCACACUAUUUCUCUGCAUGCUUUUGAAAAUCGGAUGACUCCCUCAGCAGUUGCUGCUUGUAUGGCCCCAUUACUCUUACGCCCUCUUUUAGCUGGUGAAUGCGAAUUGGAGGAUGAUUUUGAUAAUAGUGGCGAUAAUUCUGCACAGCUGCUUGCUGCUGCAAAUGCUGCUAAUAAUGCUCAAGCUAUUAUUACAACUCUACUUGAGGAGUAUGAGAAUAUCUUUGAUCAGGAUGAUGCUAUGCUCAAAUGUUCUAUGUCAGCAGAUUCUCGGAUAGACAAUAGUGCAAGUGAAGAUUCAAUGGAUGAUGAAAAUAUGGAAACCAAAGACAAUGGUUAUCAUGAUGCAGAAAAUGAAGCUGAACAAGAGAUUGAUGAGGAUCCUGAGCGCAUACUCAGUGGAAAGCUGAGCGAAAGCAGCGGUUAUGCUUGCAGUGAUCUUUAUGAGUUUAAGGUAUAUGGAGCAGAUGAAUCAGAUGUUAUAUCCCCUAGGAACAAUGUUAGCCCAGCAGCAAGUUCUAAUCUAUUGGAUUUCCAGCAUCUCGAAGAUUCCAAUGUUCAAAUAAGUGAGCAACAUAUUUCGCAAAACAAGGAAAAUGAAAAUGAGAUGGAUACUCCUGGGAUGUUGUCAAGAAGUGAGUCUCAUCGAUCAGUGGGGACAAUGCUUUCUUCUAUAGAUCAAGGGCUAUCUCACCCUUUCUCUGUUCCCAAAUCAUGCACAGAGACUCCAAUUAGCAAAUUUACUGGCUCAAAUAGUAACGUCAAACGUUCAACAUUUUGGGGACGGAAUAAUGGAAGAAAGACUCCAUCAAUGGAAUCGGUUGAUUCUUCAGGAGAAGAAGAACUUGCUAUUCAGAGGCUUGAGCUAACGAAAAACGACUUGCGGCAGAGAAUUGCAAAGGAGGCUAGAGGGAAUGCAGUACUUCAAGCUAGCCUGGAAAGAAGGAAACAAGCACUGCAUGAACGUCGUUUGGCUCUUGAGCAAGAUGUUUCAAGACUUCAGGAGCAGUUACAAGCUGAGAGGGAUUUAAGGGCUGCAUUAGAAGUUGGAUUAAGCAUGUCUUCUGGACAGAUUUCUGGAUCCCGUACUAUGGAUUCAAAGACAAGGGCUGAGCUGGAGGAAAUUGCUCUUGCUGAAGCAGAUGUGGCUAGAUUGAAGCAAAAAGUGGCUGAGUUGCAUCAUCAACUUAAUCAACAACGCCAACAUCACUAUGGCUCUCUCUCGGAUGCUUCUGAUCGUUACCAACAUGUCCAUAACCAUAAUCCUCAACAGAGAUUUUUUCAGCAAGAUUUUGAUACUACACUUGCUUUUAUCAACCAUGAAAGGAAACAAAGAACUGAGGAAAAUUCACUGGGAAUGGAGUUGAGAAAUCUCAAAGGACAAGCAUUAACAUCUGGUAACAGCAGUAGGCAGCCUGCUCGUAAGCAGUUGGUAGACUCGAGCAACACUAGAAGUACCGAGGCAUCAACAAGUUUAUCCAUGGAUGAGUUUGGGAAUUCUGCCAGCACGCUGCCAUCUUCAUCCAGACCAGCAGAGGUAAUCGACUAUCCACGACACCCAUCGGCUGCAUCUUCCACCUUGGUGGAGUUAACGACCCGACUUGAUUUCUUCAAGGAACGACGCUCUCAGCUUAUGGAACAACUUCACAAUCUUGAUUUAAACUACGGGACAUCCUCCCAAGAUUUUAUGUAUAAACAAUCAUCUCCGCGCUAGAACCAUAAGCAAAUGACAUUUAUCUCCAUUUGUAUAUCCCUUAUUUUUGUGGAGUGUAGAUGCUUUUCUAGUCUCUUUUUUCAUCGUCUAUUUCCUUGUCAUUUUAAUGAUUUGUUUUAUCAUGUGUAGCGAGUGGGUAUUUGUCUAUCAUAAAAGCAUUAUUAUCUUGCUAUUCGAGAAUGUAAUCAAUGAAUGUUAUGCUUUUUGUGACAUGAUAG